GGCCCCCGGCGCCGCCCGUCUGUCCGUCCGCCCGCCCGCCCGGGAGCGAGGAACGCUGCGGAGGCGGAGCGGGGCCCGCCAUGCCCGUGAGGAGGCAAGACACGCAGCGCGCCCUGCGGCUCCUGGAGGACUACCGGGCGAAGCUGAGCCCGCGGGAGGACCGGCAGCUUCGCAGCUCGGUGGAGCGGGUCAUCGGCAUCUUCCGGAGCAGCCUCUUCCAGGCCCUCCUCGAUAUUCAAGAAUUCUAUGAGGUGACUCUACUUGAAAACCCCAAAAGUAUUGAUCAUUCAAAGCAAGCUGAAUUGGUCGAGCCUGUGAGCACAUGGGACUUCCCCAGUCUUCCGAGCACUGGUGCGACUUCUGAGACAUUGCCGAGCAGCCAGACUGCAGACACCCAGAAAUGCUGCUCCCAAGAUGAAGACUCAUUUCCAUUGGAGCCCAGCGGCUUUCCUCAGGCUCCGGCGCUCGUGCAUGUGUCUGAGAAGAACCUUUCGCAGCUUGAAAGUAUCCGUGGCUUCGUUUCCCACUCCCACAUUUCGCCGGUCAAGACACCAGAAGCUGUUCUUCCUUCUCCUCCUGUUGUCUCUGCUCUACCAGUUCCUGCCGAGGCUUCACUCAUCCCAUCUUCCAUAUCACAGGCAAAUCCCCCUCCAGUUGUGGUAAACGCAGAAACUCCGGAGACACCAGCUUACGUCAAUGGCACUGAUGCAGACUAUGAAUAUGAAGAAAUCACGCUGGAAAGGGGCAAUUCUGGACUGGGCUUCAGCAUCGCAGGAGGUACAGACAACCCGCACGUUGAGGACGACUCCGGAGUGUUCAUCACAAAGAUCAUCCCGGGAGGAGCAGCUGCCCAGGACGGGAGGCUGCGGGUGAAUGACUGCAUUUUACGUGUGAACGAGGUAGACGUCCGUGAUGUGACUCACAGCAAGGCCGUGGAAGCCUUGAAGGAGGCAGGCUCCAUGGUCCGUCUGUAUGUUAAGAGAAGAAGGCAAACCACAGAAAGAAUUGUGGACAUAAAACUGGUGAAGGGGCCCAAAGGUCUUGGGUUCAGCAUAGCCGGGGGUGUUGGAAACCAGCACAUUCCUGGAGACAACAGUAUCUAUGUCACCAAAAUUAUCGAAGGUGGUGCUGCACACAAGGAUGGUAGACUCCAGAUUGGAGACAAGUUGAUGGCUGUGAAUAGUGUUUGUCUGGAAGAAGUUACCCAUGAGGAAGCUGUGGCUGCCUUAAAGAACACGUCUGAUUUCGUUUACCUGAAACUUGCAAAGCCCACCAGCAUGUUCAUAAACGAUCCCUACACAUCUCCGGAGGUCACUGGCUCGUACCCUCAGCCCGCUGAGAACCACGUCAGCCCAUCAACUUACUUGGGGCAGUCUUUGCCACCAGCCUCACAAGGGAGAUAUUCGCCCAUUCCCAAGGGAAUGCUGGGAGAAGACAAGAUCACCAGGGAGCCCCGGAAGCUGAUCCUCCAUCGGGGAUCGACAGGACUUGGCUUCAACAUUGUGGGGGGAGAGGACGGAGAGGGCAUUUUUGUCUCGUUCAUCCUUGCGGGGGGACCUGCCGACCUCAGUGGCGAGCUCAGGAAAGGAGACUGGAUCAUUUCGGUGAAUGGGGUGGACCUCAAAGCUGCAACUCACGAAGAGGCAGCUGCUGCCUUGAAAAAUGCUGGUCAGUCCGUGACUAUUGUAGCUCAAUAUCGUCCAGAAGAAUAUGGCCGUUUUGAAGCAAAAAUACACGACUUGCGAGAACAGAUGAUGAGCAGCAGUGUCAGCUCAGGGUCUGGGUCUCUGCGGACCAGCCAGAAGCGGUCCCUCUAUGUCAGAGCACUCUUCGACUAUGACAAAACUAAAGACAGCGGUCUCCCCAGCCAGGGGCUGAACUUCCGAUUUGGCAAUAUUCUCCAUGUCAUUAAUGCUUCAGAUGACGAAUGGUGGCAGGCACGACUGGUGAUGCCAGACGGGGAGAGCGACCAGGUUGGCGUCAUUCCCAGCAAACGCAGGGUGGAGAAGAAGGAACGAGCUCGUUUAAAGACUGUGAAAUUUAAUUCUAAAGCAAGAGGUGACAAAGGGCAGUCAUUCAAUGACAAGCGUAAAAAGAACCUCUUUUCCCGAAAAUUUCCCUUCUACAAGAACAAGGACCCGAGCGAGCCAGAGACCAGUGAUAUUGACCAGCAUGUGACGUCCAAUGCCAGCGACAGUGAAAGUAGUUACCGUGGCCAGGAAGAGUAUGUCUUGUCUUACGAACCAGUCACACAGCAAGAAGUCAGCUACACACGCCCUGUGAUAGUGCUGGGCCCUAUGAAAGACCGUAUCAAUGAUGACCUCAUCUCUGAAUUUCCCGACAAGUUUGGAUCUUGCGUCCCACAUACCACCCGACCGAAGCGCGAUUACGAGGUGGACGGGCGAGAUUACCACUUCAUUGUGUCCCGAGACCAGAUGGAGAAAGAUAUUCAGGAUCACCGGUUCAUUGAAGCCGGCCAGUACAACAACCACCUCUACGGGACGAGCGUCCGGUCAGUGAAGGCGGUGGCCGAGAAGGGCAAGCACUGCAUCCUCGACGUCUCUGGAAACGCGAUCAAGAGGCUCCAGAUAGCCCAGCUGCACCCUGUGUCCAUCUUCAUCAAGCCUAAGUCGGUGGAAAAUAUCAUGGAAAUGAAUAAGCGAUUGAUGGAUGAGCAAGCUCGAAAAACGUUUGAAAGAGCCAUGAAGCUGGAGCAGGAAUUUACAGAACAUUUUACAGCUAUUGUGCAAGGUGACACACUGGAAGAGAUUUACAAUCUUGUCAAGCAAGUAAUUGAGGAGCACUCCAGCCCCAUCAUUUGGGUGCCAGCCAAGGAGAAGCUCUGAAAGUCCCCAGAUUCCAGGGGUCAGUGUCUGCCCGCCUGGCCGCCAGCCUGCCCGUGCUUCCCACCUCCCCAGCAUCUCUUCCUCUGCUGGGGGCUCUGGAGCUGCCGGGCCCCAAAGACGACACACAGAGUCCCUUUUUGACUUCAACUUUUUGCAAGCUGCUGGUCGAGUGCUCUUUUCUCAAUGAUCAAGGACUCUUUCCACUCCUGUGGAUAGAAAUGGAGAAUAAUGUGGUUAAAAUUCCUUAAUGUUUAAGGGAAAGUAUCCUUCAGAGAUUUUGAGAAAACAAAGCUUUUUAUGCAGCAUUUUAACAAUUUUGUAAUAAGAUGAAAGAAAAGUGGUCUUAAUGUAAAUUGUGAGCAAUUUUGCACGCUUGAGUUUGCCGGCAUGAUUUCAUUCAAGAGAUUUGAGUUCAAGAUUGAGUUUCACAGUUUCUGCAACAAAUUUAUUUUUUCUGUCAA